GAUUUUUCCCCCAUUCGAUUCCCAAGAUGGCGGACAGGCGGCGGCGACGGAAACGCGCUUCCCAGGACAGUGAAGAGGAGGACGAAUCCGGUUCGGGUACAGAGAGCGGAGGGUCCUGUUCCGCUGGAGGAAAGGCACGAAUAACUGUCCAGGAGCCUGUGGUGUUACCUACUGUACACGUUCGGACGAAAAGCGAAGAAGAAUCGGAAUGUGAAAGCGAAGACGCCAUAGGUGAGGCAGUGUUGUCUGACUAUGACAGCGCUGACCCGGAGGAUAACGGUUCUCACUCUGAGGGAGAGGACGAGGAGGAGGAAGAGGUGGUGGUGGUGGUGGAAGGCAAGGGGUUUAGUGAUGAAGAGGUAUCCAAACAACCUGAGCCUCAAUCUGCUACAGAUAAGCUUGUUGGAGAUUUGGGAGAAGAAGAGGACAAUGAAGAGGAGAGUGUGGAUAAAGAAGUCAAGUCUGAUGAAAAGGGGAACCUGGAAGGAGAGAGACAGAGUGGGGAUGGACAGGAAAGCACUGAUGACCCAGAGAACAAGUCUGGCAGCAAGGCUGGCAAGAAGCUGGAUGACGACGAAGACCGAAAAAACCCCGCUUACAUCCCUCGAAAGGGUCUGUUCUUCGAGCACGACGUGAGGGGGCAGGCCCAUGAGGAAGACAUUCGGCCCAAGGGACGACACAGGAAGUUGUGGAAGGAUGAGGGGCGCUGGGAGCAUGACAAAUUCCGAGAGGAUGAGCAGGCGCCAAAGUCCCGCGAGGAACUGAUUGCCAUGUAUGGUUAUGACAUCCGCAACUCCAAUGGCCCCAGCGAUGGCCGCCCCUUCAGGUCUCGUAAGCCGAGAUACAGCUGUUCCCCUGGCCGGGAGAAGAGGUGGAGGGACGGAGAGAAGCUCAGUCGCUCAUCUUGGGUUGGCAGUGGUAACAGCGGCACCCUCCCAGCUGUCGUCCCAACUUCCUCUGUGGCUCCUCCCUCUGGUCCUGCACCACCUCUACCCCGUGUCCAGGGAAGCGGUGGCAGAACCUCCUCGCACCCACAGGCUCGCAGCUUCCAAGGCCACCGCCCCCCUUCAACCUCUUACCGUUACAAGCCGGCAGAAGAAAACAAUCACCAACACCACCCCCUGCAGCACCAGGGCGGCUUUGGCCGGGAUGGCCACAAGCAGCACCCAGAGAUUGAGCAGGGCCCUGUGCGUAGGGGUAGGGGUGAAGAGACUGAACACAGCCCUGCCGUGGUGGAAGAGGACCUGUAUGAGGAGGAAGAGCCACCAAAGCAGCAACUGCAACAGCAGCAGCCCACCUACUACAGUGGCAAGCUGUCAGAGCGGGACCCCGCUGUCCCUGCCCUCCACCGCCGGCGGGAGGAGAUCCCAAGCGCGCCAGUGCUGCCCAGAGAUGCCUCCCCAGCCACCACUGCAGCCCCUGAAAGGACAGUGGAGAGGAAGUCAUACUCACUGGCCCGCAGGACUCGUGCCAAGCCCACCGAGCUGGGCAAGCAGGUCUCACUGGAGGAGUCCGUCCCGCCGGUGCCAGCCACCCCCCAGCAUGCCCCGUCUACAGUGAAGAGCGAGGCAUGGGAGACCAGCGGAGAAGGCAGUAGUGUGCAGGGGGGGCUAACAGGGCUCGACCAGGACCUGGCUCGACUCAGUCUGGCGGGGCAGAACUGGGCCCAGAGCCCUCCCUCCUACCUGCGUGCUGAGAUGAGGGGCAUUCAUAACUCCAUGCACAUGGCUGGCGGGCCCCCACAGUAUAACCGCAUGGAGGAAAUGGGUGUGGGUGGUGGCCGAGCAAAGCGAUACUCCUCUCAGAGACAGCGGCCCGUACCCGAGCCAGCACCCAUGCAUAUCGGCAUUAUGGAGGGCCACUACUAUGAGCCAGUGUCUUUCCAGGGACCAAUAUAUGCGCACAGUGACAGUCCCACACCUCUCGCACCCCAAGGCAUGCUUGUCCAGCCAGAGAUGCACCUCACACAUCCUGGUCACCCAGGCCAUCCAGGACUGCAUCCUCAUCAGUCAGGUGCCCCCAUGCCCAACCCUGCAAUGUAUGCUGGUCCAGCUGUCUCCAUGUCUCCUGGGCAGCCUCCUCCCCAGCAGCUUCUGGCCCCCCCCUUCUACCCCCCUCCUGGCGUCAUGACCUUUGGGAAUACCAACUUCCCCUACGCAGCUGGGGCCACGCUGCCACCUAUGUACCCCAACCCCCAGGCACAGGCCCAAGUGUAUGGUGGAGUGACCUACUAUGACACCAUGCAGCAGCAAGCCCAGCCCAAGCCUUCCCCCCCCCGCCGUUCCUCCCAGCCUGUUACUAUCAAACCCCCUCCCCCAGAGGUACCGUUCAUUGUGCCAGAGUAAAGCCGUGUCUGCAGAUCUCGCUUCCAGCCAACCCUGGGCAAAGAAGGUUGAUAAGGUGAAGUCCGGCUCCUAGCUCAGUGGAGGCGAAUAGCAGUGGACCAGCGCCAUUCUUGGAAGAAUUUGUUUUUUAUAUUUGAAUUUCUUUUUGUUUUAUGAGACAAUUGAGAAGAGAAACUUAACAUGAGAGCAUAGUAUAUAUUGAAAAGUUGUCUGAUACUACGAUCAAUAGACCGCUUUCCCUUUAACCUAAUAUGAUGCAGAACCUUUGCUGUUUGUUUGCUUGGUGUUCUCGUUUGCUUGUGCUCUGCCUUCACCCCCCUCCCUACAGACCAACUGCGAUUACAUUAAAUAGGUAGGAUGUGUACUGUAACGGGUUGUCGUCAAGAGAUGCUGUCAUUUCUUCCCCUGGCAGUCACUGUGGAUCUGCCACAUAGUGCUUCACAGUGGCGUAACAGCCAACCUUUUAAGUGGGGUUGUGGGGAAAUUUAAUAAGUAACAAUGUUAUGGAAAAAAGGUUUUAUUUUUGGAAAUGAAAUUGAUGCCGCAAUUAAAGAUUAAAGAUUGCCUGACUGAAUCGUUUUGUGUGACUGAGAGAGACAAGAGGAGCAAUAAAGGCAAAGUUGGAGGACUGUUGGAGACUUGUACUGCCCAGACUAUCUGCUUUGAAUAUGGUUAGCAAUAAUUAUCAACAUACUGAAGCUGUAACAGUCAUACUAGAGGUACUCUGGAGUGCUGUCACUUUUUAAUGGCAGGUGAUUACGACACAAGGCUGACGAAGAGUCCAGCCUGUUUAUGAAGUAUUUUCAGUUAAGAAACUAAGUUUGCAAGCUUUUACGACUGUUUUAUCACUUGGUGCCAUAAAUGGCACUUAGUUGAGUACAGUUAGCCUGAGUACAGUUGUGUCUAAAGUUUGGUGAAUGUUCAAAUUGGUCAUCUGGGCUGUUCUUUAAAAGUGUUUAGGUUUAUAAAUAUUAUCUGAGCUUGAGCUUUGGGACCACAGACCAAUUACAUUUCCAGGUUAUCGGCAGAACUUGAACCCUGCUCCAUUUUAGAGCACUACAAAAAGCAUGGUGUACUCACCCUUUUGUCCCCUUUUUACCACAUGCUCCUAGAUCCUUUCAGGAGAGGGUACAACAUGGCAAACUAAGUGGAAGGAGAUUUCUUAUUUGUAGUCUGCCUGUCAUACACAGGAGUUAAGCUGGAGCUGGCUGUUGAUAGAAUAGAGUCAUUUCCAUUUACCGACUGUUGCUGCUGACAGUCCUGCUAGUCAGUGGUCUGAGCAUUUAUUUCCUUUUUCUCUUGUAUUUGGCUGAACCUGCAUCCUGCCUCAACCUGGAGUCGAUGUAACGUCUGCUGUGCUAGACCUGUUCAAGUGUUGUGCUUUAUGUUGGAUUCCUCUGAAUGCUUCAUGUGUGCGUACAUUUUUUUUCCAUCUCAUCUCCUUCCUGGUCCAGAAUUUUGACUGAAACAAAAGGUUGGUGUCCUUUCACAAACUGCUUUACCGUUGGUUACAGCCAGGUGGUGUUUCAGUCUUUCUUUGGUAUAUCAGAGCUUUAAGGUCUCCGUACACAUCCAAUUAUAUUUUUUCUGUCUUAAGGGCUUUAGGCAGGGUUAUCUGAUAAUAAAGUAUUGCUUUUUACAAGGCUGUGUGUCGCACUCACUUUUAACAUCUCUAUUUGAUUGCUUCUAUUUUCACAUGUACUACUGUGUAACAAGUGAGCAUGAGGAAUUUGUGUUGAUAUCUUGAAUGUUUGACUAAGUGCAACCCAGCCUUGAUUGAUUAUUUAUUUUUAUUCUGCUGCAGACUUUCCCAGAAAACUGCUAGGAUUAGGUUAAUUUAACAGGUUAGAUCAUACUACAUGCAAAAGUGUCUCUCUCCAUAUGUAAUGACAAGAAUGGUGAUCUAUUCAUAAGUAAUGACAAGUACUGUAGCCAUGUUGAUAGUGCUUGGUUCAUAUAGUGUAGUAUUGGGUUUAACUUAAAAUCAAUUACUAAGAGCUUUCCCCCCUCCUUUGUCACAUAAUUGUACUGUAUGUUUUUAAUCUGAUAAAAACCUGUAGUGUAAAAUUAUUUUUUUUGCCAGAAACGAAGUAUUGGAUAUUACGUGUGCAGGGGAAUAGGUCGAAAAAUGUGUAAAUAGCUAUAAAAGAUGUCUAAUGAAACCUGUGGUUCUUGCAGUAACCCUCGUGUAAGGGUUUAGGUAAAGAAAGGUGUCCAGGUCUACAGGACCUUUUGCACAGAUGUUGCAUGAGAUGUUGAUUGGAAAUGCUUUGAAUGGAGGCAGUGGCUUUUUGCUCCUGAAAAGGGCUCUUUCUUGCUUUGUUGAUUAAUUGGUAUUGCAAAAUUUCAAAAGCAGAAUGGAUUUGGGAUUCAGAGGCCUUGGUAAAAUGGCAGACAUGCGUGCAUGUUUUUGCUCCCAAGGCAGCAUGAAAUGCCAUUGUGUUACCAAAUCACACAGGAAGGCUAUUUGGAAUGUAGAAAACCUGCAGUACAGGCAUGCAUGAAUAAAUGUAUAGACUUGAACUUGAAAAUUGUACCAGAUUUUUAUUUCCUCCCUUCAAUGCAAUUAUUCUAGGGUGGGAGGGGUGACAUUGUGUUACAGUUUAAGCCCCUGGGGCAGGUCUGGGAGAUUCUUUUUGUAUAUUAUGUCUUACUUAGUUUUUUUGUUUUUUACUAAACACCUGGCAGUAAAAGUAUUGAUUCAGUAAAUCUUUUGUUCUAUUGUUCUCAAUGUUAUGUUUAAGAUGGUGAUAAUAUUAAUUAAACAAAAAAACUGUACUUUCUCUGCCUUAAAAAUCGUCUUGUUGGUUUUACAUAUCAGUUGAAUUUCUCUAGACCAGUUAACACUGUGAUGGCUUGUUUAUUUUAUAGGUGUGUGAAUUUGUAAAAUCCAAUUUUGUUUUCUGUGGAGCAAUGGUGGAGAAAAAAUAAAAAAUGAAGUGAAAUAA